AUGGAUGAGGAUGUCGAACUGUCAACGCCCUCAAAUAUAAUUCUCGAUGCGACCUCACCGCAGCAGACACCACCCACAGUUCCCAGAAAAAAUAUUGUUCCGCUUAUCACACCCCGUUACCAGAAGAAACAACGAACAAAUCGUCAUAUUGAAGUAACCGAUUCCUCAAGUGAUCGAAUUUCUGCCACAGAAGCUUUACAGCAACAUAUGAGAGAAGUGUUAACUGUUAAAAAUGGUCCAAUAAGUUAUGAACAGGAAAUGUUUUUUCACCCUUAUGAGUUAUACAGGCAUGGAAAAAAUAAAAUUCAUGUUAGUAGUGUUGGAUAUAGUAGUGAAUGUGAUCUUGUCGUGACACGUGAGGCGAUAUCUGAACCAAGUGAUGUAGAUUUGGGAUUUGUUCGCCGACGUGCUGAAAUACAUAAAGCCAUUUGUUUAGAUCCAAAGGCUCGUCGUCCAUUAACGGAAAGUGAGUCUCAAAAAAAGAAAUUACGACUCAAUUCUGGAAAAUUUCGAAAAUAUCCUGGUAUUCGAGCUCCAAAGAAUCGUAAGGAACGUAAUCGUUUAUUAAAUGAUUACUUCGCCACGGAAUAUGCUCGUAAAAUUAUGGAUAAAUACCGUGAACGACAAGAGAAUGGAGAUGAUGAAGGAGAUACAUCUCCACCUGUUCGUCCUGUAUUUGGUAAACUUCCAAGUAGUUUUUAUGAUAUUCUUGAUCUUGACGAAGAUGCCCAAACCCGUGCUCUUGAACGUGUUGGGGUUUAUCAACAUCCUGUAGUGAAUAAUGUGCCAAAAGAUCCAGACUCUGGGGAAUCACGUUUUCAAGGAAUGAAUGCCCGUCUACGUGGAGAAUUAAUACACGCUCUCAACAGUGAAUUUCUUUCUCAACAAAUUGAUGAUCUUGAACGUUCCUUUAUAAGUUAUAUUUCCGAGGGAAAUCCAAAUAAACCAUUAAUGUAUAACUUUCGUGAUGGAUAUGGUCGUUUGGUUUGUCAUGGUGUGGCGGCUUAUUAUAAUCUCGUUUCCGAAUCUCAAUAUCAACCAGAUGGUACAAAAAUAACAGUGGUGAGUUGGCCAAAGAAAAAGAAAAAGAAGGAUUGUAAAUCUUUGGCAUUACCUCACAUGACGUUAAUGCAAUUACUUCGGAAAAAACGAAGUGAUAUGCCCAAUUCAACUUCUUUGGCCUCCACACCGCAAACCACACCUUUUGGAAGAGCUACAGAAACAGAUAUGAUGCCUCCCCCUUUUAACUUGGAUGACUCGCCCGUUGAAGAGGGAGUAGGAGAAGAAGAAGAAGAAGAAGAGAAAAGAAAAGAACCCUCCACAGUGGAUGGACUAAACCGUGAAAAAGGGAUAUUAUCCAAUCAACAAAAUGAGUCUUCAUCUCCACAGAAAAUUCCAGUAUAUAAACCAUCUAUUGUCAUGCCUGCACAAGGGGCAAGUAUGACGGCCACAGAAAGAAAAAAACAGCGCAAAUUUAUGAAAGCGGCACAAAUGUAG